AUGGACAGGAUCGAUGGCGCUUCCGCUGACGGACAACCCACGUCCCCCGAAAACUAUCCACUGCAGCCUUUGCCUUCUGCUGCAGUCCCGGAACCGGUCGACCCAGCAUUAGAGCCAAACGAUGGUGCAAAACGAGAAGCAAGAAAGUUGUCCGAUGCGAGCCCAAGCGCUGAUCGAUUGCAUCAUUACUCUCGUAGUCGCAAGCAACUACUGCAGGAGAGCCAGCCAUGGUACGCAGAAGCCAUGUCGACUGCUUCUCCAGCCGAAAAAAAAGUUGGAGAAAUCAUCGACGAGCUCCGUAAGAACGAAAGCAGAGAUCGAAGCCUUUUUGGCAAUCUGCCUGGUGAGGCUGUCCCUGAACCGCGGUCUCGGGACUCGGGCGGUCAGUUCCUUGUGAAUCGGCCAAGUAUCGACAUGAGCACCGUCAUGGCCAUUGCCCGCGGUAUGCCGAAAGGCGCUCAUCAACACAUCCAUUUCAACACCGCGCUACCACCGGAAGAACUAUUGGGGCACGCGCAGACACCGGAAGUGCAGGACACGAUGUUCAUUCGCAGUACGCUACCUCUGACCAACCCCGAGAACUUUCAAAAUUGUGAGAUCGUCUUCAACGUCUUCCCGAAAGAGACCGUCUCAGCGGACUGUUUCUCUUCAUCAUACAAUCGAGAUACCGAGGAUCCCGAAAACUCUCCGUGGAUGCUCUGGAAAGUGUUUCGCGAGUCGUUUCCAGAGCGUGUGGCACCUACCGGACCUGAAAAUCUCGACGCCGCCGGGCGAUGGGCGCGGUCGAAGAUGGUCAUCAGUGUCGAACACACGUACGGACACACGACUACUCACAACAGCUCCUGGGCAUACUUCAACCAAAGCACGCGAGCUCUGAAGGGCUUGGUCGGCUAUGAAAGUGGUUAUCGCUGGUACAUUGGCCGUGCAAUCGACAACAUGAUUGAGGACAAUGUCAUGUAUGCCGAGCUGCGACCUAUGCUGUUUGAUAAGGCGAUACCGUCAACUGACGGUCUUCGUAAGCUCGACUUGAAGGAACAAAUGAGCAUCAUCUGCGGAGAGAUCAUCAAGAAGCGGAAAGAGCUAGAGGCCAGGAAUGAGCUCGACAAAUUCCCCUUUGGCAUCAAGAUCAUCUAUUGCACGCCGCGAAGCAUAUCGCUUGCGGAGAUGGAGACCGAACUCGAAGACUGCAUUUGGCUCAAACUCCAGUUCCCAGACUUGAUCUGCGGUUUCGACCUGGUCGGCGCAGAAGACCGACCGAAUUGCAUCAAGUUCUACGCCGACGUAUUACUUGCUUUCCAACAAAGGUGUAAAGAGCUGAAGAUCAGCAUCCCAUUCAUGUUCCACGCCGGCGAGACUCUCCUCGACACCGGUGGGUCUUCCGACCCGGAUGACAGCAAUCUCUACGAUGCCCUACUCCUUAACGCCAAGCGCAUCGGCCACGGCUAUGCCCUCCUCAAACAUCCUCACCUCGUGGAGAAGUACAAAAAACAAAACAUCUGUCUCGAACUCUGUCCCAUCUCUAAUGAGCUCUUGCACCUUUGUGGUAACGCCCGUGAGCAUCCAUACCCACAGCUUCUCGCUGCCGGACUGCAUUGCACUCUAAACGCCGACAACCCUGCGCUCUUUAGUUCGACUCUCUCCUAUGAGUUCUACCAGGUUAUGGUGGGAGAUCCGCGUAUGAACAUCCAUGGGUGGAAGCAACUCGCUGAGUGGAGCUUGGAGCAUAGCUGUCUGAGUCCGGGCGAGAUCCAUCUUGCGAAGGGAAUCUAUGCUCGCCAGUGGGAGGCGUUUUGUCAGUGGGUGGUAGAUGAGUAUGGGUGGCAGCAGUCGAAAGAGAUGUGGUGCAACGUUGUGCUCGGCGUAUGGGCGCUGCAGCCUUUUACAUUCGCCCUCUCGCACAAGCAUGUUGGGAGGACGCUACCUGCCCUAGAGAUAGAGGAGCGGGCAAAUGGCCAUGGCGGCGAAGACACCACAACCGAAGAAGACUACUUCCACUUCGUCACACGCCCGGACAUCCGAGCUUUCAAGUGGUCCAUCCAAAAGUACGACGAGAGAGCUGUCGCGCCUGGGUAUUGGUUCGUAGCGCCUUAUGAGCUUCUCGGCCAGAAAGAACGCGGUGCCAAGUGGAUCGGGCCAUAUAUCUACAAUGGCAAGGGCGAGCUGGUCUGGAGUGGAGCGCCGAUGUUCGACAGCUUCAACGUCUUCGACUUCCGCCCAGUUGAGAUUCAUGAACAGAAUAUGUUCACUGCCAUCUACAAGCGAGAAGACGCUGGGGUCAUUGUCGAUAAUAGCUACCAGAUCAGGAAGAUGGUGCAGUGGCCCGGCGGUUCCGAUGCAGCGAAUAUGCACGAGUUCAGCGUAUUUGACGAAGGUGCGAAGGUGGCGGUCUUGACCAGGGAGAUGCACCACGCGAGCACAGAGAAGAGCAAGGUGAUAGGCUACGAUGGAGAGUGCUCGAUCAACACAGACGGUCUUCUGGAACUCGACAUCAGCGGAGACUCGCCGAUCCCACUAUUCAACUGGAGCUGGAUCGACCAUAUGUCGCUGGACGAGAUCACCUAUCCGACCAAGCUGGACGUGAAGAAGGAGUGCAAGGAAGGAUGGGAUGCUAAUCAUUGCAACGCCAUCGACCGCUUUGACAACGGUGACUACCUCGUCUCCUGCCGGCAUACAGAUACACUCUACAAAAUCUCUCGUGAGAGCGGUUCGGUACUCUGGCGCCUCGGGGGGACCAAUUCAGACUUCAAGUUCGUGGGCGAAGCAAAGUUCUCACGGCAGCAUCACGCUCGAAUCCUUGAAUCCAACGCGACUCAUACGGUGCUCACUCUUUUCGACAAUGCAAGAGGCGAAGGCAUCCAGACUGCCACGCACGACUGCACCAGAGGCUUGAUCCUGUCUUUGCAUGCCGACAAGGCACAGAUGGUAGCAGAAUAUCCUCGUCCGGACCACGAGUACUCGACUUCUCGAGGAAGCUUGGAGAUCAUGCCGAACGGGAAUGUAUUCAUUGGCUGGACCUUUCACAGUCGGAUCUCCGAGCAUUCGGCAGAGGGGAAGCUACUGAUGAAGGCCAAAUUGCCCCCGCGGAAAAACACUUACAGGAGCUACAAAGCGCCGUGGACUGGCCGGCCCGUCGAUUCUCCUGAUGUGGUCUCACGCGUGAAGGAGCAGGGCUUGAAGGGAUAUACGACCCAAGUGUAUGUGAGCUGGAACGGUGCUACAGAUGUCGUGAAAUGGAGCGUAUAUCGAGCCGACCAGGGAGGCAGCAGGUACAUUCACGCUGUCAUAGUCGAAGCCAUCGGUGCCAAAGGCGAACCACUCGGCCAGUCCAAGGUCGUGGAAACGAUACCGACAGAUCGCAACGCAGCUCAGUUCACCGAAGAGCAGCGGUGGCUUGACGCACACGUCCCUAACAUAGCAGUCGACCUGUCAUACGACGCUCAAGGCCAGUUGUACCCACCAAGCCCCGACCCAGAGCUGCCGAGCUUUUCGUCCCCAGCUGAUGACUGGGAAGGGUUGCCGUUAGUCGGACAGCAUGCGAAGCUGAUGGCUUACGUUGCUGGUAUCUUGACAUGCUGUGUCUUCGCUAUGUUGUACUGGGCUGGUUCUCGGUUAAAGCAACGACUUCGAAGGAGGCAGUUGAAGCAAGGGUACACGCAGGUCUACAAGGAUGAUGAUGAGAAUGAACAUGAGCUUGAUGAGGGUGUGGGACAGGACGCCGACACGAUGAACGGGAGUACUGGCCGCCUUCGGAAAGGAUGA